AUGGACCAAAUGUCAGCAAGUGUCUGCAUGUUGUUCCUCGCUGUGACCUCAGCUAUUAGUUCGGGAACACUCCAGAGUCACAUGACCAAUGUUUGUGCAGAGAGGGAAGUGAUGAUGAUUGGCCACAGGCAGCCAUUUGUUCAGGCCUUCACUCGGAUGGUUAAAGUCUGGAAACAAGGGUGUGGAGGACAGAAGUGGUGCGUGGGACAAGAGAGGAGGACAGCAUACUAUACAGCAUACAGACAGGUUUACAGCAUGGACUUUCAAGUGGUCUUCAAGUGUUGUCCUGGGUGGAUGCAACUCAACAAUGAAGCUGGAUGUCUGUACCCCAUUUGUAGUUAUGGUGUAUGCUUUAAUGGUGGCAAGUGUAUUGAAGGAAUGUCGUUGUUGUGCCACUGCCCACAGGGAUUCCAAGGACCUCGUUGCCAAUAUGAUGUGAAUGAAUGCGAAGAGGACAAUGGAGGAUGUGAAGGUCAAUGCUGUAACACCAUUGGCAAUUUCUACUGCAAGUGUCAGGAGGGUUUGAAGUUGAGGGCUGAUGGGAAAACCUGUGAAGACGUGGAUGAGUGCCAAGUCCAUAAUGGAGGUUGUCAGCACAAAUGUGUAAAUACCCUGGAAUCACAUUAUUGCGAGUGUAAACCAGGCUUCCGGCUUCACACUGAUGGGCGUACCUGUAUUGGUGUCAACUCGUGCUCAAUUGGUAAUGGAGGUUGUGAGCAUGAUUGUGUUCAACUGUCCAUAGCACACUACCAGUGUAAGUGUCGGCACAACUAUCAGCUGAAGGAGGAUGGAAAGCACUGUGAACUGAAGAAUCCAUGUGCAGAUAAGAAUGGUGGCUGUAUGCACAAAUGCCAUAACCACCAUGGCAUUGUCAAGUGUGAGUGUCACCCAGGAUACAGAUUGGCUAAUGAUGCCAAAGGAUGUGAAGAUAUUGAUGAAUGCAUGAUUGGAUCAGCUGAUUGUUCACAUGGAUGUCUGAACAUGCGUGGAACAUUUUCCUGUGUCUGUAAUGCAGGCUAUGAGCUAGGUGCUGAUGGGAAGCAUUGCUACCGGAUUGAGAUGGAGAUCGUCAACAGUUGUGAAUUAAACAAUGGAGGAUGUUCCCAUCACUGUCGCCACACAACGAGUGGUCCACUCUGUAGCUGUAAUCAAGGCUUUCACCUGGAUGCUGAUCAGAAGACUUGCGUAGAUGUGGACGAGUGUGACGUUGGUACUGGCUGCUGUGAACAGGAUUGUUUCAAUACACCUGGUGGAUAUGAGUGUGGUUGUCAUGCAGGCUAUCGGCUCAGUCUGGAUGGCUGUACAUGUGAUGAUGUUGAUGAAUGCACCGCAGAGAAUGACAUUUGCGAGCACACCUGCCAGAACACAGCUGGCUCUUUCCAGUGUUUCUGCAACAUUGGAUACAAGCUGGAGGAGGAUCGGAAGAGCUGUGCGCCUCUGGAUGACCCAGUGGAGGCACUCAGUGGCCAGCCUGGAUUUGGAAGACACAUUCCUGAGGUGAGCUUCUACCAUGGAGAAGAAUUUACCGAGUUAUUUGAUGAGGAGAAUGAAGAAACUGGGGAAGGGGAAGCACGAGGAGAAUUCACCCUGUCACAGAGCUUUGUGUGCUGGGACGGGAGCUUUGGACAUGACUGCAGCUUGUUGUGUGAGGACUGUAGGAAUGGUGGCAUCUGCAACGAAGCACGUGAUGGAUGUAUUUGCCCAGAAGGUUGGACUGGAAUCUUGUGUAACCAGACCUGCCCGGAGGGAACAUUUGGCAAAAAUUGCAGCUUCCUGUGUAAGUGUAAGAAUGGUGCAACAUGCGAUCCACGGACUGGGAAGUGCCGCUGCCCUCCAGGAGUUGGUGGCGAGAUGUGUGAGGAUGGGUGCCCCAAGGGAUUAUAUGGAAAGACCUGCAACAAGAAAUGCAACUGCGCCAACAAUGGGCAUUGCCACCGCAUCUAUGGAGCCUGUCUCUGCGAUCCUGGCCUUUAUGGACGUUUCUGCCACUUACCUUGUCCAAAGUGGACCCAUGGGCCUGGCUGUUCGAAUGUGUGUCAGUGUGACCAGCGCAACACACUGGAGUGUAGCCGCAAGGAUGGAAGCUGCACUUGCAAACCUGGUUAUCAUGGUAACACUUGCCAUAAAGCGUGUGAUCAUGGCUAUUAUGGAGUUGGAUGUAACACCAAAUGUAGCUGCUCAGUCGGUGUUUCCUGUGACCAUGUGACUGGCGAGUGCGAGAUUCUAUGUCCUAAGGGAUAUCACGGAAGGAACUGCAGUCAAGAAUGUGCCAGUAACAAGUUUGGAGUGAAUUGUCUGCAGACGUGUGACUGUGGAGGAGCCCCAUGUGACAGUGUGACUGGAAAGUGCAGCUGUCCAGCUGGAAAAAUGGGCCCUGGCUGUAAGAAAGAGUGCCAAGAGGGUCACUGGGGCCUGGCCUGCAAGGGGAUUUGCCCCAUCUGUGAAAACAAUGGGACCUGCAAUAAGAAGACUGGGCAGUGUACCUGCCCACCAGGAUUCAUGGGGAAACUGUGUCAGAACUCAUGCCCUACCGGCCGAUAUGGCCUGGGCUGUCAGAUGCGAUGUACAUGUGAGAACGAGGGUCUUUGCCAUCCAGUGACAGGGCGUUGCACAUGUUCUCCAGGAUGGACUGGCCAUAACUGCAGAAGAGCCUGCGAUGCUGGACGGUGGGGCCCAGACUGUGUGAAUACCUGUGACUGCAGGAACAGUGAUGGGAGCUGCAACAGUGUCACAGGACAGUGCAUCUGUGAGGCAGGUUUUACUGCUCAGCGCUGUGAUCAGAAGUGCCCUAAAGGAAGUUAUGGACCAGGCUGCCGAUACAAGUGUCAGUGUGAGAAUGAAGCCGCUUGUGAUCAUGUGAGUGGAGCCUGUAACUGUACAGCAGGUUGGCUUGGAAUGUUCUGUGAACGAGCUUGUCCUGAUGGGUUUUAUGGCUUAGAAUGUCGUCAGAUGUGUGAUUGCCUCAAUGGUGCACACUGUAAUCAUGUAAUGGGGACCUGCUCAUGUCUUCCUGGCUGGAUUGGACUGAACUGCAAUCAGUCGUGCCCAAAACAUUCAUUCGGGGAGAACUGCAGCCAAUCUUGUCAUUGCCAAAAUAAUGCCAGCUGUGAUCAUGUGACCGGUCGGUGCAGCUGUCUUCCUGGCUGGAUGGGAGCCACAUGUCAGAGAGCAUGUUCGGCCGGUUUCUAUGGUGCCAAUUGCUUGCAAAGGUGUAUCUGUCGCAAUGGUGGAACAUGUGAUCAUGUGACUGGUCACUGUACGUGCCCAUUAGGUUGGACGGGAGUGGCAUGUGAACUGGAAUGUACUCCAGGAAAGUACGGACAGGACUGCCAGCUGCUGUGUAACUGCCUGAACGGGGCUCUGUGUGAUCGUCAGAGUGGGAACUGUACCUGCCAGCCAGGGUGGAUAGGUGACAAAUGUGAAACCCCUUGUCCCAAAGGUACCUACGGAGAUCUCUGUGAGGAACAUUGCAACUGUGAGCAUGGAUCAUCAUGUGAUCAUGUGACAGGAAGCUGCCAGUGCACCAGGGGAUGGAGAGGGAGACGAUGUGAGAAAGCUUGUUGGCCUGGCUACUAUGGUGAUGAUUGUGUGCAGCGGUGUAACUGUUCCCCCAACACCCCCUGCAACCAUGUGACGGGUGAAUGUGGCUGCCCUCCAGGAUUUACAGGCAAUGGAUGUGAGCAGACUUGCCUCCCAGGUACUUACGGACAGAACUGUAACCAGGUGUGCCAGUGUUCAGCUCAAAACCAACAAUGCCACCCAGUGAGUGGAGAAUGCGUCUGUGCACCUGGCUACCAUGGAGACAACUGCAACCUGAGAUGUCCAGAUGGGAGGUACGGAUCCAACUGUGCCCAGCUAUGUCGAUGUUUGAAUGGAGGCCUGUGUGAGACAGUGAGUGGGACAUGUAUCUGUCCACCUGGGUAUGUCGGAGCUGACUGUAAUCAGACCUGUCCUGCUGGCUACCACGGGACUAAUUGCUCUGCAGCUUGCUCGUGCGGAGAAGGUGCAGAGUGUGACCAUGUGACAGGAAGGUGUAUCUGUCCAGCAGGCAGGAUUGGUUCUCGAUGUCAGCACGUGUGUCCUAAAGGCAGGUUUGGUCAGGGAUGCCAGUAUGUCUGUAUGUGCAAGAAUGGAGGGUUAUGCAACCCAGUUGAUGGCUCCUGUUCCUGUGGUCUGGGCUGGACCGGGGCCCUAUGUGGACAAGAGUGUCCCGUUGGGAAAUUUGGUGCAAACUGCCAGCUGGAAUGUGCAUGCCAAAAUAAUGGCACCUGCAGCCGUAUAACAGGAUACUGCCAGUGUGUGAGAGGGUAUUAUGGGCACAACUGUGAACAUGUGUGUCCCCUUGGAUUUCACGGAGAAAACUGCCAACAUUUGUGUGACUGCAGUAACAAAGCAGCCUGUCACCCUGUAACUGGCCAGUGCCUGUGCUCAGCUGGUUACUAUGGAGACUACUGUGAGAAAGAAUGCGAGGAAGGACGAUACGGGGAGCAAUGCCAGCAGAUGUGUGACUGCGAAGAAGGUGUGCCUUGUGAAGCCAUAACAGGAAAAUGCCUCUGUCUGCCAGGGAAAACUGGCACAAGGUGUGACGUUGAUUGUCAAACUAAUCGCUAUGGCCCCAGUUGCUCCUUGAACUGCAGAUGUUCCAAUAAUGGUCGCUGUGACUCCCAGAACGGACACUGUACCUGCCUGUACAGUUGGACUGGGCCUACCUGUGAGGAAGGAGGGCCUCCAAAGCCACCACAUCACCUGCAACUUGAACCGCAAGGAAACAUGGCAUCAGAUGUGUCAUCAAGAUCAUAGUCACUUGAGUGAGCUGGAUAUCGUUCUGACCAGUGCCAAUGAGACUGCUUCUGGACAUUUUACACCUUCUCCCCCAACCUGCGUUGUCAAAGCAACCUUUCAGAAACACUGCUGAAAGCAAAACCAUUAUAUGGUAAAAUCUCAAAUGAAGAAUCAGAGGAAUGGCCACGAGUCCAUGCCAUUUUUCCGCCCAGUGAUAUUUUAUUAAGGAAUGGACAGCUGAUGGAUUUUAGGAUCCAACCUCCUGUCGGGCUCAAAAUUCAAGAAAUGAGCAAGAAAUUCAAACCUAAAGCUUUCUCCUCCUCGUCAGAAAAUGAGGGUCUGAAUUCCUGAACAGUAAACAAAUCAAACUCUGUGGGUGUUAAACGUUUUUGAUGCCUUAAAGACUUUUUAUAUAAAUAUAUAUAUAUAUGUACAUACAUAUAUUUUAUUUUUAUAAACCAAAUCCCAGGAAGGUAAGAUUAAUAGAGAUUGCAACCCAGAGUUUGGCGAGACAAUGUAUAUUAAUCCUGGUUCCAAAGCAGCAAAGUAAGUGACCAAGGAUAUUAAACAUCAGACCUCCUGUCACAUCAUGGCUGGCAUGGUAUGUUGGCCAUUGUGUCUUUCAAAACAAAAAUGGACAUUUGUAAUCUGACUUUGAUGCUUCUCAUUUACUGCAAUGUAGCCAAUGUUGCAGGACUUCAGAAUGAAAUACUAAGGAUUAAGGAGCUCAGUGUGUUCCCCAGCACAGUGUAAAUUAUGUGUGUUAACCAUUGUACAAACACUCAGCAUGGAUGUUGGUAAGCUGAUUGGAAUGGGAUGGUGUUGACAGAACAUGCCUUAGGUAGACACUUCCAUUACAGUCUGAUUCAUCCAGUUCAUCAAAGCUUACACCACCUUGAGCGUCAGUCAGUCAGUGUUGUCUCCAUAUCACUGGCUAAUUUCAGCUGAUGCUCAUCCUGGCUUCAUUUAACUGGAUUCAGAAAGACAGGGACUUAACAACUGAUCAUUGCCCGGUUCGUCUAGUUGGAGAUUAUGUUGCUUAGCCAGAACCACACCAGAAUGCAUUGAAUAAAAGUCUUUUCAAAAGAACAAACUUGCUACGUUUCAAAGUAGUUAAAAAUCAAACCUCCUGCCAUAUGGCAUCUGGCAUGGAUUUCCAAAAAAAAACGCAUUUGACAAAGUGCCUCAUAAAAGCUUAUUGCACAAGGUAAAGCCUUGGGAUAUUGGGGGUAAUAUAUCGAUGAGAAGAGGAUUGGUGAACAUAAAGAAAUUGGAAAGAUGGGAGGACUGGGGCAUUUUCAAAUUAGCAGGUUAUUGCAAGGAUCUGUACUCUGGCCUCAGCUCCUGCAAUCUGAAUGACUAGAUGAAGGUGCCACAAGAUAAAAAGCCAAAUGGGACAGAAAGAUGCGAGAGUACAAAGGGCUAGGAUGGCCAAUGAAGUAUACUGUGAGGUUGUUCACUGGUGUAGGAAGAACAAAACAUCGGCAUAUUUUUUUAAAUAGUGAGAAACUUUUAAAUGUUGGCAUUGAGGGCAAUUUGGUUCACUGGAUUGACUCCUGGGAUAAGAGGUCUGACUGAUGUUGAGGUUGAGUGGAAAGAACCUCGAAAUUGCUAGAGGUUCGAAGAACGUGAGAUGAGCUUAUUGAGACAAGAUUCUGAAGGGGCUUGAUCCGGUAGGUUCUGAGUGUGUUCCCCAUGGUUGGAAGCUUUAGCACUAUUACUGGAUAUAGUGUCAGGAAAAGACAUCAGCUAUUUAAGACGGAGAUGACGAUUUCUUCACCUAGAAGACUGUGAAUCUUUGGCAUGGUGACCAACUAAGCAGCCCACUCGGCUAGAGAAUAUUUAAGGCUGUGACUGAUACAUGUUUGGAUACUCUAAGGUUAUGGGAAUUGAGGUCAAAGAUUGGCAACAAUAUUAUUGAAGUGGUUAUUGGUGGAAUUGGAGGCUGCUGCACAGCCUACUUUAUUUAUGCUCUUAAAAGGAAGACAUAAGGAGGUCUUAAAUCCACAUUUCUUGUGCCUUUGAACAUAUCUCAAUCUCUCUACACGCCAACCUGCUCUCCUCUAUGCUGAAACUAAAGUAACCUCCUGUAACUUUCUGUACCCUCUUCACCAAGGUCCUGAACAUUACACAGGCAUCAUUUUCCAUCCACUAAAGGUUUUUACCUGCUGCCACCAACCUUAUCACAUCUUGGUUUAAGCCUUUCGGCUCUGCAACAUUCAAGCUCGACUGACUCCCUUAAGAUGGUUCUUACACACUCUACGCUCACCACUGUCCUGCUCCCACCCCAACAUUAAAGACACAAUAAACGUAUUGGACAUCUGUAAAGUCUUUAGAUCAGUUAUCCAUCGUAGUGUUGGUCCUCCUACAGCUGUGGCAGAUAUCGAAGGCCUUGCCUUGUGGGCUCAUACUGUUUUCAUUCACGUUUGCAACACUCCAUAAAGAGGCAACUGGCUAUCCCUUGGAUUAGUCGCCAUUUACCUUUCAUGAGACUUUAAGAGGGUGAUGAAUGGCAGGGACAAUGUGAAAACAAUCUCUGAGAGACAGAAUGGACAGCCAAGCCUCUGACCCAGCAGGCCAGUGGAAGUAAAUAUGCUGCCAUUUAUUUCUCCUGUACAAAAAGAGAACAAUGAAAAUAGAACGGAGUGUGAAAUCAGGGAUGGUUCAGCACUGGGAAACAACCUUAGCUUGUUGUCUCCAUGACAACCUGCUUUCUUAUCACUUUACUUUCAAUAUUUAAGCCUAUAUUAUAAUGUGUAUGGUCAUUUCAGUAUUUAAAGCAUCUUCAAAGCAGUUGACCCAUUAUGUAUUAAUCCAGUUAGUUACCAUGACAACCACAGUAUUAGGUCAUGUUUUAAACUUUUUAAAGAAUCGACUCUUUCUUCUGUUUAACUGCAACCAAUAGAUUUUUAAAAUCUAAAUACUAAUAAUUUCAAGAUGACUCCCAGUCAGCACGGGUACCUGUACAAACUUCUGCAUUAAUUAUCUCAGACUGCAUUGCUACGGUUUACGUAAAUGAACUCCAGAGAGUGCACCAUUGUUGUAAACAUCAGCUUAAGAGAAAAGGGUAACUUCAGGAGAACAGUUGAAGUUGAGCUCGGUGGGGGACCAGGGUUGUGAAACAUCUAUUACUCUCAGGGCAGAAUCAGUUUUGAGCCCAAAUUCAAACUUGACCCUAAGUUUUGAAGAGACACGGAUAAAGUUUUGGAGCAAAGAAUCUGGAUCCUAAAGGGUGAGAUGUUCCAAAUCCUGCCCAAUUCCAGGUGGAUUGUGGCUAGAACACGGGCCUAAAAUGGCCUACCGCAAACUCUCCACCUCCCACCCAACUCCUACCAGGACCCUUUACCUUGGUCAUCCCAUGCGAGUUCUGGCUGGAAUGGAGGUACACCUGCCCUCAGGGCCACGCCUCUUCCAUCUACUCCAAUCACUGUUUCCUGGGAUUGCCUGGCAGAUUCAGUGGUUGGCCCAGGGCUAUUUAGUGUGAAAGGCCACACCUGACACUCUUCCAUUGGAUUGAGAGAGGUGCCUUCUUAAAUUCCUCUCCUUCAACUUCAGCCUGAGAAGCUACUGAACUACCACUGAGCAUCUUCAAGCGGGUACUGCCCCUUUAACUGCUGUUAGAAAGAUGCUGCAAUGUUGGUCUCCCACUGGAGAAAGGAAUUUCACUGGCAGCGUGCUCUAUGUAACUAGUAAUCCAGGGAAAUCAGGCAAGGUGAAGUCAGAGGGCUGACCAGAAAUCCUCUCACACUACAACACAACUCCAAAAGGUCUGGUUUAUUGAAAAGAUUACAUUUUAGCCUCCUUUUAAUCAAAUUAUCACUGAAUUUUCAUUAACUGUGGAACAAACAAUUGAAUUUAAGAGUUGGCCUAGUCCUAGAACAGUUAUAAGAUGCCAAUUUUGCAUUCUACAUGGUCGGUAGUCAAAGAGAAUUCCAGCCUCAUUUACAUCUAACAAUGAUUGUGUUGGAGGCUUUUUAAAACAAAAAUCAGACUGACUUUGCUCUUCCUGCCUACUGUGCCCCAUGAUUUAAUAAUUCAAUACCAAGUUGCUGGUGGGGCAUGUUCAUCAGAGCUCAGUAUUAAUGGUCUGAAUCCGGGGAAAUUGAGUCAAUGGGCAUUGCAAGGAGAAGUAGCAGGAUUCUCACCGAAUGAAACUAAACAUCUCACAUUUAGCAAAAAAAAUCAGUUCUAAUAAUAAAUUAAAGGUGCUAUUAAGAAUAUAUGAAUAAAUUUGUCAGGGCAUUUGUGUUUUAUUCACAUUGAUACUGUAUAUGCUUGGUUUUCUAGCAAAACUGUUAUAUUCCAGUGCACAUGGUUACACCAUAAUAAAAGA